AUGAUGAACUUUUUAUUCGGGCGCAAGUCGCCAGCAGAGGCCCUCAGAGCUCACCAAAGAGCACUGAACAAGGCACAGCGAGAACUGGACCGCGAAAGGAUGAAGUUGGAGCAGCAGGAGAAGAAGAUCAUUCAAGAUAUCAAAAAGGCCGCCAAGGCUGGGCAAAUGAACGCUGCCAAGGUGAUGGCCAAGGAUCUUGUCAGGACUCGCCGGUACAUUCAAAAGUUUUAUCAGAUGAAGACACAAUUGCAGGCUGUCGGUCUUCGUAUUCAGGGUCUCCGCUCGAACCAACAAAUGGCUGAGGCAAUGAAGGGCGCGACAAAGGCUAUGGGCGCUAUGAACCGCAACAUGAACCUGCCUCAGAUUCAGCAUAUCAUGAUGGAGUUUGAGAAGGAGAGCGAGAUCAUGGAUAUGAAGGAGGAGAUGAUGUCGGAUACCAUUGACGAAGCCAUGGAAGAAGAAGAGGACGAGGAGGAACAGGACGCCAUUGUAAAUCAAGUCCUGGACGAGAUUGGAAUCAACCUCGAUGAUAUCCUUGCUUCUACUCCAGGAACCGCAAUCAAGACACCAGGAGGCACUGGCAAGGAGCGUGUCGCCCAGGCAGAGGGCAUGUCUGCUGACGAUGCGGCGCUUCAGGCUCGUUUGGACAAUCUUCGCAGGGAAUAA